AGUGGCUCAAGCCGCAAGUGGCACUCGUCAUGAGCGCAGACAACCGAGACGCUUUCUGCGGGCCCCGAAUCUGCGAUGUGGGUAGCCGGGGCGUCAUCAAACUGCCUUGGGGCGGCGACGACGAGCAGGAGUGGCCGGAUGGUGUGCGAGCCCCCCUCUAUUUCAUCGCUCUGGUGUGGUGUUUCAUGGGUGUGGCGCUCAUCGCGGACGUCUUCAUGGGCGCUAUUGAGCACAUUACGUCAACGAGGGUGCGGAAGUUCUCCACCAAAACGGGCCGCCACGUCACCGAGAUGGUGUGGAAUCCCACAGUGGCGAAUUUGACCCUCAUGGCGCUGGGCUCCUCCGCGCCGGAGAUAUUGCUCAGUGUCAUCGAGCUGCUGGGCAACGACUUCUACAGCGGCGACCUGGGACCCUUCACCAUCGUUGGGAGCGCCGCUUUCAACCUCUUCGUGAUCAUUGCCGUCUGCGUAAUGUCGAUCCCGGACGGCGAAGUGCGGAGCAUCAAGGAGAUGCCGGUGUACUUCACGACCGCGAUCUGGUCCUUGUUUGCGUACUUGUGGCUGAUUGUGAUCUUGGAUGGGUCGUCGCAGAAUGUCGUCGAGCCUUGGGAGGGAAUUCUGACCCUAGGGUUCAUGCCAGUGCUUGUCGUGAUGGCCUUCAUGGCGGACAAGGGGUACAUAUUCAGCAGUUGCUCGGACAAGAAGGAGAGCGACGAGGAAAGUGUUGUGGCAACGUGCAUGUCAAAUGAGGAUCUGGCCAAAGCCGUUGCUAGAAUUAAGCAGCAACACGAGACGAAUGGUAAGCCCCUGUCUGACAGAGUUGUGGCAAAGCUCAUCGAUCAUGAGUAUUCUCAGCCUAUGAGUCGUGCGCACUACCGUGUGGCAGCGAUCCGUUCCAUCACUGGUGGAAAGCGCCUAGCAAGCCAAAAGAAAUCUAUGAUUGGACGAACAAUGGAAUUCUUAGCCACUACGAGCAGAAACGGCAGCACCAUGAUCGGAAGGCGCCAGGUGGCGCCAGAACCAGACGGACAGGACAAAGGUGGCAAGGUAAUGGACUUGGCAGACGAAGAGCAAGCUCUGAAGACAAGUGUCCAAUUCGCAGCGCUCAGCUAUGCUAUGGUCGAGAACGCUGGUUCCCGCGAUGUGUUCGUGGAGCGGAGUGGCAAUCUUGACAAGAAGAUUCGGGUCAAAUUCAGCACACGAGAUGGGACCGCUAAGGCGGGCGAUGACUACAUAGAGCAAAGUGGUGAACUCAUCUUCGAUACGGGCGUCAAGUUGCUCCCCAUCAGGCUCCAAAUCGUCGACGACACUGCGUUCGAAGAUAACGAGCACUUCUUCGUCGACCUUCUAUACCCUGGCAUCAUUGAUGCCGAUGGGAAGGUCACUAGCGUCGACGCUAGCGGACACAGCGUGGCGAUGGGCGAGACUGCUACUACGACUGUAGUAAUCAUCGACGACGACUUGCCUGGACAGCUCCGCUUCAAGGGCGACAGCAAGGGGGAUGACCAUCUCACCAUCAAGGAUGGCCCCGAGGACUUCACGGUGAAUCUGCUCGUGGAGCGAAGCAACGGUUGCGACGGGCAGGUGACGUGCAAGUAUCCAACCGAGGACGCGACCGCGAAGGCGGGGGUCGACUACGUGGCGACGGAGGGGACGCUCGUGUUCGAGAACGGCGUGAUCCAACAGACCAUCCCGUGCAUCAUCAAGGGAUCAGGCCGCUACGAGCGUAAGGAGUUCUUCCGCGUGGUCCUCUCGGACGUGGAGGGCGGCGCCACAUUCGAUCCCGAGUGUGAUGGGUGCAAGGACAAGUGCUGCAUCUUGUCGGUCUUCCUCGAGUGCAGUGGGGAGGAGGCCAAGGAACGCGUCGACCGCGUCUGGCAGAAGCUCCAGCGGAGGUGGGAUAAGUCUCGGCUCGGGCACUCCAAUUGGAAGGAACAGUUCAUGGCUGCGUUGUAUGUGAAUGGCUCGGGUCCAGAAGAGGAAGUCAUGGGAAAUGCUGAUUCUGACGAGGCAUGUUCUCCGAGGUAUUCUGAGGUGUCGGCAUUGUCGUCAGAUAUGAUAGAGCAGCCUAGUGUGGCAGACUACACCAUGCAUUUCAUCACCCUUCCUUGGAAGCUGCUCUUCGCCUUAGUGCCGCCAACCGACUACUGUGGUGGCUGGCUCAGCUUCGUGUGCUCCUUGCUGAUGAUCGCGCUCGUCACCGCGGUCAUCGGUGACUUGGCCGCACUCUUUGGCUGCGUGCUCGGCGUUCCGGACGAGGUCACUGCGAUCACAUUCGUGGCGCUUGGCACCUCGUUACCGGACCUCUUCGCGUCGAAAACGGCAGCCGUGCAGGAUCCCAGCGCCGACGCAUCGGUUGGCAAUGUCACAGGGAGCAACUCCGUCAACGUCUUCCUCGGACUGGGCCUGCCAUGGACGAUUGGCUCGCUCUACUGGUCUUGGAAAACGCCCGAUGCGACGUGGGUCCAAAAGUACGCGCCACCAGCAGGCAUAGAGUCCCUGGUCCCGAUCCCUUCGCGAUUCCGCGGCGGCGCCUUCGUUGUCAGGUCUGGCGCGUUGUCCCCCAGCGUCGCUGUCUUCACCUGCUGCGCGCUCGCCGCCAUGGGCCUGCUCUACCUGCGUCGGAGGCACUCGGGCGGCGAGCUGGGCGGGUCCAGGCACAGCAAGGUGCUGUCCGCCAGCUUCCUCGUGAGCCUGUGGGUGGUGUUCGUGGCGCUGUGCUCCUACUUCGCCCUGGAUGGGCGGCUCUGUGACUGACGCACGGGGGUCGUUGCCAGGCCCGCUGCCCCCGAGAUGUCGGCAUGCCGCGGCUGUGCCUGCCCGCGAAGGCGAGGCAGCGCACGGUGGCGAGGGGGAGCUUGCGCCGGCAUUCGCGCGCAAGCCGCCCGCGCAAGGCCGCGCGUAGAUCGCCCUCGUCUGCUCCUCCUCCUCCUCCUCCUCCUCCUCCUCCUCCUCCUCCUCCUCCUACUCCUACUCCUACUCCUACUCCUACUCCUACUCCU